GGGCAGAUUUCAUGUGUGCACUAUAAGAGCACAGAACUACGGCGAGCUGCAGCGUUGGACAAAAAGUUUUAGUCCCAGGACAUCUUGUGAAAGACUGAAUGUGAGCAGCGAUCCACUCAACAAGAACUACAGCAGCCAUGAAGUUCCAAGCUCUUUUCUUCCUUCUGCUCCUCACCUGCAUGUACCUGAGUCUUGCCCAAGGCUCGUAUGGCAACUGCUGCCUCGGCUACGUUACGGGGAUGAAAGCGAAUGUGAGGAAAAACAUUGAAAGUUACAGGAUGCAGGAAACAGAUGGUGACUGCAACAUCAGAGCUGUUGUGUUCCUGAUGAGGAAGAGGCCGUCACACAAAAAACAGCGGACUGUUUGUGCCAAUCCCAAUGACAUUUGGGUCCAGGGGCUGAUGGAUAGCGUGGAUAAGAGAAUGUAGAAUUAGACCACUUACAAGAAGACAACAAGAGAGGAAUGGGAGAGAGGGCAGCAGAUGUUUCACCUCCCUGUCAGGCAUCAUAUAUCACCUUUAACCACAUGGAUUAUGUUUCAGUAAUUUUGGUAUUUCCUGUUGCUGACAGAGAAUGUAAAUGUGCACGGUUCACUAUAACACGAACCACAUCCUCAAUGUUAUAUCCAGUAUAGCAAAAUUCGUCUAUAUGAGCCAUCGCUUUGAUUCUGUUCUCGUCUCUGUGAUAUGUAGCGCCUGCUAGGAAUGAGCCACUGUUUGGCAGCUUUGAAAUGUACUGGCAGAGUGUGUUUGUGCGCAUGUGUAUAAGUGUGUGUGAUGUAUAUGUAUAGACCACUUUGGGGAUAAGAUGAGAGUUUUUUUAAUGUGACAGAUUUCCAUAUUUUUAUAUUAACAUUAUAAUUGUACUGUUUGUGUUCCUGUAUCAAAUAAAGAUGUAAUGUAACCACA